UCUACCACAGUUCUCUGCUGCUAUGACUACUGUCUCACCUUCGCUAGCGAAGUCAAAUACGUAUGGUCAAGAAAGCUAUCCCUGGCCUCCGCCCUGUUCUACGCGUUCCGCUAUCUGGCGGUGUUCAACACUAUAUUUGUAGCAUUGGGCUACUUCCAUUGGCCGAGUUGGCAAAGCACACUGAGAAGCUGCGUGAUUGUCAUUCGCCUUGAGAUGGCAGGAGACGUGUUGAUAUUGUCGGCUUCUGCACAAUUCGCAGUGUUCACGGCAUUGCGCAUAUAUGCGCUGGUUCAUGGAAACAUGUAUUUGUUCGCCACCACUUUAGGUUUAGGCCUCAUCGCACCCAUCAUAUCAACGUACACCUUCGUCAACUCCCAGCCGAUCCUAGCCCAGAUCACACCUUCAUACCAGUUCUGCUACAUACAAGAUGCCUUCGCAACCAACUGGUGA